AAGGAAGCUGACAAGUCUUUAUACAAAGAGUCGAUAAAAGGUUUAUCAUUAUAGGGUAUGGGAAGUACAUGUGAUCAAAUAUCAAGGCAUGUUUUGAUAUCGACAAUAAUACAGGUGGUAUUAUUUAACAAACCCUACACAUUGCGAUCCAGGAUAUAUUGGAAGUUACAACAGAGACCAACGAGGAAAAUGGUAUAAUUACAUGGACAACAAGCACCGCUGGUAACAUGUCAUCAUUAAGUUUAUACAUGGAGAACGUCCUCAAAGAAAGUGGCGGGUUUGGGAGAUUUCAGUUUCUCCUCUUCUCAGUUGCCAUGCCAUCCAAAUUAGGUAUGGCGUGGAGCAUGUUGAUGAUGUCCAUAGCAGGGGCCGUACCUCAGUGGUGGUGUAUGGAUGAGGAGUCGACGGGGCCCGGAAACAGUACAGUGUCGCCAAUAGACAGAUACCGAAAUGACAGUAAUUUACAUAAAUGCACAUCUCAAGGAUCCGGGAAUACGACUGAAGUGUGCCAGGCUUACCAACUUGAUGAUAGCCUCUAUACCAUUGUUAACGAGUGGCACCUGAUAUGUGAUCGGGAUGGAAUUCCUUCUACCAUUACCACCAUACAGAUGUCUGGAAUACUGGUCAGCGGGCUGAUUGCUGGACAAUUUGCUGACUACUUCGGUCGCAAACCUACCUAUUUUCUAUCAAUGUUAAUCCUUCUUCUGGCAAAUAUUGGAUGUGCCUUCUCAGUGAGUUGGGAAAUGUUUGCUGCCUUUCGCUUUUUGAUUGGUUUUGGACUCGGGUGUUACAUCACUGUUUUCUACACAUAUAUGAUAGAGUUCACUCCUACCAAGUACCGGGCCAUUAUAGUUACCAUCCCGAUCUGGCCUAUGGGACUGUGUGUGUUUGCCUUGGUUAGUUGGUGGCUCCCCAACUGGAAAGAUCUGCACAUUGCCAACGCCAUCGUUAUUGCUCCGUGUCUGCUCUUCUGGGGAUUGGUACCAGAGAGCUUUCGGUGGCUGGUGUCACACAAUAGACUCCCCGAAGCAGAGGCUGUUAUAAAUAGAAUAGCCAGGACCAACGGCAAGCCAGCGCCUGACCUCGGAGAACUUGGUGAGGUCGCAAAGUUAGAGGUUAAGAAAGAUCAAAGGCGGAUCUACAGCAUCAAGGACCUUUUCAGCUCGUUGUUUCUUGUCAAAACUACCCUCCUGCUGGCUUUAAGUUGGUUUUGCAGUUCCUAUGUAUACUACGCUAUAUCUUUUGGAGUUGAGAAUCUCUCCGGGGACAUCUACUUUAAUUUCUUCCUUAUCCAAGUGAUAGACAUUCCGGCUAUGAUACUUACGUAUAUCCUCGUUAACACAAUCGGUCGGAGGGCUUUGGCCGUAUCCUUCUACCUCCUGGGCGGGUUGGCAGGGCUAGCAGUGGCUGCUAUAGAAAUAUCAGAUAUCACCGACAAAGAUACCUUGAGGACGAUAUUCGCCCUGAUAACAAAAGUAGCAGUGGUCAUAGGAUGGUCAGCCGUACAACUUCUGACCUCAGAGUCUUAUCCUACUGUCGUGAGAAACAUUGGUUAUGGAUUGCAAAGUGCGGUGGCAAGAGCCGGAAGUAUGAUAGCUCCGAAAAUAGUAUAUCUUAACAACGACGUGCCGGGAAUUAUGUAUUUUCUAGCCGGUGGUUGCAUGUUGCUGACGGCAGUAGCAUGCGUAUUCAUGACGGAAACAAAAGGGAAAGCCCUUCUGGAUAACCUUACAAGAGACACCAAAAGUGUUGACCCGGAAAAAGAAAGACUCAUCUCGGACGACAGCCCGAAAACGGAGUAUACGGACAAUAAAACCAAUAUGAAUGUUGAUGGCGUUAGAUUUGACAACAACAGUCUAACCAAUUCCAGUAAUCUCAUUACUGCUGCAGAAAAACAAAUGGAGCAUAAAUUUUGACGAAAAAACCCCCUACUAAUACUAAAACAGUAUUCUAUUCAGCAACAAGAAGUUGAAACACAAAUCUUGAACGCAGGUGUCAGGAAUGUUUGAGAUUUUCAACUUUCACUUUCCUGUCAGGCAUGCAGUUGCCUGCCGGCGUCGGGCACCAACAUUAAACAGUGUCUCAAAAUUAUUACGUAUGGAAUGCUUGUAAAAUGCUCAAUUUUAUAAUCCUGAUAUAAAAUCAAAAUCAAAAGUGAGCAACCAUCAAGUAGCUUUCCCACCAACUUUAUAUGUUUUCACCACCGGAUUUUAGUAGAGAUUCAUCCUCUUUAUUUUAUUGCCUCCUCAAGUCUCGCAUCUUUGAAGUGGCACAACUCCCUCCCCUUGGAAUGGGUUAUGGCAAAACCAAACGCAAACAGUUGGCUAAUCCAAUCGUGAUGUUUAAAAAAAGUGAAAAUUGUGCUUAAAAGGUUAUCAAAGAGUUAUCAUUGCGCUGCCGCUCUCCCACGAUUCCAUUUUAUCAAAAAUCUGUGUGGUCACAGGUAUGCAUGACUAGUUCAUGUUGCAUUAGAGAUCAGAGGAUAAGGAAGCAUGAUAUAACAUGAUUCUGUGAGAUGCCUUUGGAUGGAAAAAAUGUAAUUGUUUACUUGUAUAUUGAUAUUAUCGUACACCCGGGUCCGUAUAUUUUUAACAACCGUUCUCAUGCUCAAGUGUGGAUUCCGUGUUCAAAUGAAUUUUCCUCUUACUUACUUACCACGUGACAUUUUCAAAGAGUAAAAUUCAAGCACUGAAAAUGGUGUUCGGCUUUAUCUAUCCCCAAAAUUCCUCCAUACCACCGAUUCAUAAAUUUAUCAGCGUAACAAUAGAUUCGGUUUCAGGACAGAAUCUAAUUUCAGCAUCGGAACAGUUCCAUGGAUACGGAUCCUGGUAUUGUUAUGAAUUAUUACAUUGUUACAAAAAAUAUCCUUAGUGGUGUAUGUCAUUAAAACUGCAAUUAUGUCGCUAUGCUUCUGCUAUAGUUUUAAGUUUUUAACAUUGGUAAUCUUUUAAAGUGAUUCCAUUUUAAUACGAUUCUCAUUGGAUACGCUAUAUUACAAUCCUAUUUAUGAACGCAUGAAUUCCAUAAUGUACAUUUGUGUUUUUUCUCAAACUUAUCAUUAUUAUGAUUAUGCCAUUUUUCCUGUCGAUGUAUUGUCACCCACCUCACCACUCCUGUUUUCACUACCGACCAGUCAGCAUUUUACCUUGUAUAUCAAAAAUGUUUGAAAGAACCAUGUGUGAUCAACUGACUGCCUUUUUAGUAAUGUUUUUCAUCCUUUCCUUGCAGUCUUCCGACCAGGAUUUGGGUGUCAAUCCACCCUGUUGCGACUUGCUGAGGAUUGGCGUCGAGCCCUGGACAACCAUGAGUAUGUCACUGCCAUACUGAUGGACCUGUCCAUGGCUUUUGACUGUCUUCCUCGUAACUUGUUGGUCGGGAAGCUGGAGGCCUAUGGCCUGAGUAAAGCCUCAGUUAACCUGGUGUCCAGCUACCUGAGCAGCAGGAAGCAGCAUGUAAAAAUUGGCUCUAAAUGCGGUGACUGGCUGGAAAUGUUGAAGGGGGUACCCCAGGGUUCUAUUUUAGGACCCUUGCUUUUUAAUGUAUUUGUAAAUGAUAUGUUUUUAUAUGUGACAUCCUGUAAAUUAUAUAAUUAUGCAGAC